AUGAGUAAGAGAAGCAGUAGGCAAAACGCAGCUGCCAAUGCUGCAGCUGCUGCUCGUAAAGGACAAGAUAAUACGGGCAUUUUGACAAUUGAUCCUGUUAUGGAGCCUCAAUUUGAGAACGGUCAGUACAGAGAGUAUUUGGUGACCACAGCGCUGCCAUUAUUGAGUAAAAAGCGUAAUGUGACGUCGAAGGAAUAUCUUUUGGUUGCUGGGUUGUUGGUAUGUGCUUUUUACGUGAGAUGUUCGAACUUGGCGUACCCUAACUCGGUAGUGUUUGACGAAGUACAUUUCGGAGGGUUUGCACGGAAGUACAUUUUGGGGCAAUUUUUCAUGGAUGUGCACCCGCCAUUGACCAAGAUGCUUUUCGGGGCUGCAGGAUUGUUCGGUGGGUUCAAGGGAGACUUUGAUUUCAAGGCGAUUGGAAACGAAUUCCCAGACACGACGCCAUACGUGACGAUGCGUUAUUUCCCGGCAUUGAUGGGCGUGGGUACGAUUUUGUUGUGCUACUUGACAUUGAGAAACUCUGGCUGUAGACCUAUUAUUUGUCUUAUUACCAGUGCCGCCUUAAUGCUUGAGAACGCAAAUGUGACUAUUUCCAGAUACAUCUUGUUGGACUCUCCAUUGUUGUUCUUUAUCGCGUCAGCUAUCUAUGCGUUUAAGAAGUUUGAAGUGCAAGUUCCAUUCUCGUUUGGUUGGUACAAAUGCUUGGUUGGAUGCGGUAUUGCUUUAGGUUUAGCAGUCAGCUCCAAAUGGGUCGGUUUAUUCACUAUUGCUUGGGUUGGUGUAUGUUGUGUCUUCCAACUCUGGUUCAUUAUUGGUGAUUUGUCUCUCAACUGCAAAAAAGUGGCAAAACAUUUUGUUGUACGUGGUGGUUUGUUAUUGGGAAUUCCUAUUUUCUUAUACUUAUUAUUUUUUUCAGUUCAUUUCAAGUUAUUAGCUAACGAGGGUGAUGGAUCUGCAUUCAUGUCGAGUGCUUUUAGAGCUUCGUUGAAGGGUAAUGCAAUCCCUAGAGAUAUCACUGCAAACGUUGGAUUUGGUUCGGCUGUUACUAUUCGUCACUUGGAAACCCAAGGGGGUUACUUGCAUUCCCACAAUCAUUUCUAUCCAGCCGGUUCAAAGCAACAACAAAUUACGUUAUACCCACAUUUAGAUUCUAACAAUGAUUGGAUUAUUGAACCUUAUAAUGAAACCAUGCCUGACUCCUUUGUUCCUAUUACUGACGGAAUGAAAAUCAGAUUGAAGCAUGCUAAUACCGGUAGAAGAUUACAUUCACAUGAUGAAAAGGCCCCUGUCAGUGAAAGAGAUUGGCAGAAGGAAAUUUCAUGUUACGGAUUUGAUGGAUUUGACGGUGACGCUAAUGAUGACUUUUUUAUCGAAAUUGUUGAGCAUAAAUCGGCACCAGGUGAAGCCCAAUCUUCUGUCAGAGCUUUACAAACAGUUUUCCGUUUAAGACACGUUAUGACUGGACACUAUGUUUUCUCAAGUGCUGUUAAGUUACCAGAUUGGGGCUUUGAACAACAAGAGGUCACUGCUGCUUCACAAGGUUACAGACCAUUAACUCACUGGUAUAUUGAAACUAACAGAAAUACCCGUGUUAAUAGUACCAUAGAGGAAAUCGUAAACUAUCCUGUUCUCUCAUUCUGGGAUAAAGUCACAGAAUUACAUAAGAGAAUGUGGAAGAUCAAUCAGGGUUUAACUGACCACCAUAACUGGCAGUCUUCUCCACAUGAAUGGCCAUUAUUAUUGAGAGGUAUUAACUAUUGGGUUAAGGAUCACAGACAAGUUUACUUUUUGGGUAACGCCGUAGUCUGGUGGGCUUCUUCAGCAGCCAUUGUCACAUUUGCAAUCCAUGCAUUGUUCUCUAUAGUCAGAUGGCAAACUGGUGCUCGUGUUGCUGGAAAUAAGCAUGUCUUCAACUUUAAUUCUCAAGUAUUCUUAUACACAGUUGGUUGGGCAUUGCAUUAUUUCCCAUUUUUUAUCAUGGGCAGACAAUUAUUUUUACACCAUUAUAUCCCUGCUAUUUAUUUUGCCAUAUUAGCUUUGGGCCACUUUUUUGAUAUUCUUGUUAGUUAUCUCACUGCAAGAUAUAAGAUGUUAAACAAAGUUUCUUAUGGUGCAUUAGGAUUAUUCUUAACCUUUGCGUUAUUAUUCUAUGUCCAAUAUUCUUCGCUUAUUUACGGUACUCCUUGGACUCGUGAAAAAUGUGAAGCUUCCAAGGCUAUAGGAACUUGGGAUUUUGAUUGUAAUGCUUUUUUGAAUAACAUCAACGAGUAUUCAACAUUACUUACUACAGCUACACAAACCCCGAUCCCAGAGGAUCCAGCUGCUCCGAGCGAUGCGCUUGAAGCAAAGGAAGCGAAGGAGACCCCUCAAGCUGCUCAAAAGAAAGUUGCAAAAGAAGAGGAACAUCAAUCUGAGGCUGAAAAUGCUGAGGAACCAAAAUCUGAUGAAAAAGUUGAAGAACUUGUUCCACCAUUAGCUGCUGAUAUUGAAGAGACAAAAUAA